AUGCGUGCCACUGUUGCUCUGCGAAACGCUGCUCGCACUCCUCUCAUCCGCUUCGUCGGUCGCCGUUCGGUGCCUAAAUCGAUUGAUCACACUCCUCGCGCUCAUCCUGCUUCUCCCUCGGGCAUUCUGCCCGACUCCUUCGCCGCCUACCGCAUCAAGGCUCAGCAACACGGUCCUCUCGGUCGCGCAUCUUUCUCCCAGGAUUCAGUCGGUCGCUCGGCCGGAGCUUCCCUCGGCCCUGUCCAGCCCGCCCAAGGCGAAUUUUUCGACCGUGCUGAUCUUCCCGCCCGCUUCCACCGUUUGAAGUGGACUGAGGCCGAGAUGGAGGCCAUUGAGACUGGCGGCGCCAGCCUAUUCGCUUAA